CGCGGACCGAAUCAACGAAACAAAGCAAUUAAUCUUCCCUCAACUUCAAAAUCUUACUACUGUUCAUUGCGGCUCUUGAAAAAUGAUCCGGUUCAUACUGUUGCAGAACAGGCAAGGGAAAACCCGAUUGGCCAAAUACUACAUUCCUCUCGAGGAAUCCGAGAAGCAUAAAGUUGAGUACGAGGUUCAUCGUUUGGUUGUCAAUAGGGAUCCCAAAUUCACCAAUUUCGUGGAGUUCCGAACCCACAAGGUCAUCUACAGGCGAUAUGCUGGUUUAUUUUUCUCAUUGUGUGUAGACAUUACAGAUAAUGAAUUGGCUUAUUUGGAGAGCAUUCACUUAUUUGUCGAGAUACUGGACCAUUUUUUCAGCAAUGUGUGUGAGCUAGAUCUCGUAUUUAAUUUCCACAAGGUAUAUCUCAUACUAGAUGAGUUCAUACUUGCUGGGGAACUCCAAGAAACUAGCAAGAAGGCAAUCAUUGAGAGAAUGGGAGAAUUGGAAAAGCUGGAUUAAAGAUUGCUACGAGGUCAAUCGGGCUACACAAUACUGUUAUUCAGCUAAAAUCGGCUCCUGCGUCUCUUGUAUCGGCUUAUAUAUUUAUCAUUUGAGAUUUUUAACUUCUGGUUUGUAAAGAAUGCCCUCAAAAUUAUCCUUGAUUUGGAAGUUUUAUUUGGAUGCUUGUUGAUUAA